CCCUGGAUGUGUGACAUCGGACGACCCUCCUUUCUCCUCUCCAAUUAAUGCAUUAUUGUUACUAUUGAACCCCAUUUAUAUAUUUCUUCCUGGUUAGCUUUCAUCUGCCAUAACACAAAACACAACUUCCAUUAUAUUCCCCCUUCAUCUCUCUACUGUGGGGUUAAAGAUCAGAUCUUUAAUGGCUGCUCAGCGAGCUGUCAUCUUCUUCCUUUUGCUGUUUUUAGCAGUGGCGGAUGGGUAUGAGGGGAGUGUGGAGAAGCAGGGUGAGUUCUUUGAUGUUGUGAAGAAGUCUCUGACAGGGGAUUUCUUGGCUGGUUGGGAUGGGAAACCGUUCUGCAAUUAUUCCGGGAUUGGGUGUGAUAAUCGAGGUUAUGUUGUGAAGAUUGAUAUCAGCCGGUGGGGAUUAUCCGGCCGGUUUCCGGGGGAUGUUUGUAGUUAUUUGCCGGAGCUGAGGAUUCUUAAACUCGGCCAGAAUCACUUCCAUGGGAGUUACUUUCCGGCCAGAAUCACCAACUGCUCUUUCUUGGAAGAGCUGAACAUGUCGGCUACGUAUCUGGCGGGAACAUUGCCGGAUUUGACGCCGUUGCGGGCUCUGAGGUUGCUUGAUCUCUCCUACAAUCUCUUCACCGGCGAGUUUCCGACGUCGGUGGCCAAUCUCACCGAGCUCCGGGUCCUCAACUUCAACGAAAACUGCGGCUUUAACCAGUGGCAACUACCGGACGCCAUUUCUGGGCUUACAAAGCUCAAGACUUUGAUACUAUCGACGUGUAAGCUGAACGGAGUGAUCCCGGCGGCGAUAGGGAACAUGACGGCCCUGGUGGAUCUUGAACUGAGCGGAAAUUCCCUGGAAGGGAAGAUUCCGGCGGAGCUGGGGAAGUUAAGGAACUUGCAGGACCUGGAGCUUUAUUACAACAAUCUUGAGGGUGAAAUUCCUGAGGAGCUCGGGAACCUGACGAACCUCGUAGAUUUGGAUUUGUCUGUCAAUAAAUUGGUCGGAAAAAUCCCGGAAUCCAUUUGUCGGCUGCCCAGACUACAAGUCUUGCAAGCUUACAACAACACUCUCUCCGGAGAAAUCCCUGCUGUCCUGGCUAAUUCGACUACUCUGAGAAUUCUGUCCCUUUACACCAAUUUCCUGUCCGGGGAAGUCCCGGAGAAUCUGGGGAUGUUAUCGGCCCUGGUGGCGCUGGACUUGUCGGAAAAUCAAUUCUCCGGGAAGCUGCCGCCGCGGCUCUGCAAUAGAGGUAAGUUGAUGUACAUCCUUCUCCUUCAGAACAUGUUCUCAGGGGAAUUACCGGAAAGUUACGGAAAAUGUCAGACUCUUAUCCGAUUCCGGGUGAGUAACAAUCGAUUGGAGGGAACGAUACCAGAAACAAUAUUCGGUCUUCCCCACGCUUCAAUUAUAGAUGUGAGCAAUAAUCGGUUGAUCGGUGAAAUCCCCAGAACGAUUGAGAAUGCUAAGAACUUAUCAGAACUGUUCGUUCAGGGGAACAGAAUUUCCGGCGAGCUGCCGGGCGAAAUCUCCAGAGUUAUCAAUCUUGUGAAGAUGGAGGCCAGCAAUAAUCUCCUGUCAGGUCCAAUACCACACGAAAUUGGAAACCUGAAACGUCUGAAUAUUUUGCUCCUGCAAGGAAACAGGCUGAAUUCUUCCAUCCCGGAGUCGUUAUCUUCGCUUACAUCCCUGAAUUAUCUUGAUUUGUCGGGGAAUCUUUUGACGGGGAAUAUCCCGGAAAGAUUAGGGGAACUGCUACCGAAUCCGAUGAACUUCUCAAACAAUUUGCUUUCUGGGUCUAUACCUGUGGCCUUCAUUAAAGGAGGGGUUCUGGAAAGCUUUGCAGGGAAUCCAGGGCUAUGCGUCUUGGCGGCUUAUUCCAAUUCAUCAAGCACCAACUUCGCUCUCUGUUCAUAUAGGAAGAAGACGAAUAUGAUUUGGGUUAUGGGUUUCUCGGUGGGGUUUGUCAUAAUCGGAAUCGUGCUGUUUCUCCGGCGACGGAUGAGUAAACAGAGAGAGAUUGAUCAGCAGCAGCAGGAGGAUCUGGAGAUGUCAUCCUCGUUUUACACGUACGAUGUCAAGAGUUUCCACAGGCUGAGCUUCGACGAGCGGGAGAUUUUCGACGGCGUGGUUGAGAAGAACGAAGUGGGAAAAGGGGGAUCAGGGACGGUGUACAAAGUGGAGCUGAGCAACGGGGAAGCCAUAGCCGUGAAGAAGAUGUGGAGCCGGAAAGGGAAAGGCGGGGUGGUUCUCCACCGGGAAUUGAAAACGGAGGUGGAAACAUUGGGUAGUAUACGCCACAAGAACAUCGUCAAGCUCUACUGCUACUUCUCCGGCCUGGAAUGCAGUUUGCUGGUUUAUGAAUACAUGCCGAAUGGGAACCUCGGCGACGCCCUCCACGGCGGAAAACCCCUCCUGGAUUGGCCCAUCCGCCACCAGAUCGCCCUGGGAAUCGCCCGCGGCUUGGCUUAUCUGCAUCAUGAUCUCCAGCCCCCUAUUAUCCACCGAGACAUCAAAUCUACAAACAUCUUGCUAGACAUUGAUUAUCACCCCAAAGUCGCAGAUUUCGGCAUAGCCAAAGUUUUGCAAGCAAGAGGAGGCAAAGAUUUCUCCACUACAGUCAUUGCCGGAACUUAUGGCUACUUGGCACCAGAAUAUGCAUAUUCUGCAAAGGCGACCACCAAGUGCGACGUGUACAGUUACGGGGUGGUGUUAAUGGAGCUAAUAACCGGGAAGAAGCCGGUGGAGGCGGAAUUCGGGGAGAGCAAGAACAUUGUGUAUUGGGUUUCAUCCAAGGUGGAAACAAAGGAAGGAGCGUACGAGGUGUUGGACAAACGAGUGUCGGAUGGGUUCAAGGAGUAUAUGAUGAAGGCCCUCCGUAUCGCCAUCCGUUGCACGUACAAGACGCCGACCCUGCGCCCGACCAUGAACGAGGUUGUCCAACACCUGAUAGAGGCGCAGCCGCCGUCCCAAUUCGAUUAUUGCUGCAAGUUGUCGCACAAGACAAAGAGCAUCGACCCAUGAUGUUGUGGGGGUACGUACGGUGCAACGUGAACAGUACGUACAGAUUUUGGCCUGCAAUAUUUGACGAGAUGUAACAGCAUAUAUAAUAUACAUAGAAUAUAUAACAUAGCAGUAACGUUAUUAUUAUUAUAACCCCCUUUGGCUUUUGCAAGACAAGUGUUGGUAGGAGCUUACAGAUGCUGUUUCCCGCUUUUCAAUUCCUUUUCUGGUCUGUUGGAGACUUUAAUUAUCAUCAUCAUCAGUGUAACUGCUUUGUGUCAACGCAUAGCAUCUGUAUUUUGUAGUGAACCAUAAAUGUAAAUACUUGUAUUUGGCCACGGGCCACACACUAA